CGCCUUUGACCGACAGUCAUUUCGCACGCCCCGAAUCAAAGGCAAGGCGCACGAUAAUAAUAACAACAACAACAAGGCAUAUUAUACUCAAUAGACACAGUAAAUGUCGUAUAGAAUACCGGUUGCCGCGUUGUAGAAAACCACAAAAACGGUUGCAGUUGUACUUCGAGAGCCGCAAUAGCUCUUGCGCGUAGCCAAGUUCCAGUAAAGCAGUCAAAAUUCCAUUCUCAACGUUCAAACAGUCUUUCACCACCAAUGUCAAUUACUUGAAACGGAGAUUUUCUUCCGGGGAUCUAUCCUCGGAAGCAGAUGAUGCUGAUCCGUCGAUGGCGCCAACCGAUCGACCACCGGCUCAGUCGCAGCAGCGCGCUCAACAGCGCCAGUAUGCGUCUAAGACGUCACGGUCACAGGCUGCUACUCCCGCUUCUGAGAACGCGGACAUGCGAUUGGAAUUCCAGGCGACAGGUAACCGGACAAUUAGCGCACCGACAAGUCCUGCAAAGACCCGGGAUUCUAUCUUACAACGUGUUCAAUCGCUGACGGACGCGGCCAAGGAGAAGGCCAGUUCUCUCAGCAACGACAUCAAGUACGCCGCUGCAACUAGACGCCAGCAGCGAGCAAGUAAAGAUCGUCUGUUAACGUUGCUUGUGGUUGAUGACGAGAACCUCGACUGGUCUAGAUAUUUCCGAGGUAAGCGUUUCUUCGGAGACUUCGAGAUACAAGUCGAACAAGCAGACAUCAAGGACUUGACCGUCACUGCGAAUACCGAAAAGGGAUGUACCGUUAGCAUGGUGGUGUUACAGCCAUCCGGCUCUAAAAUGAUCAGAUCGUUUAAGCCAGACUUUUUUCUAUGUCGACAAAGUUUAAGAGAUGCCUCUAAAGAUUUCAGAAAUGUUUUGCUUGGACUAAACAUCGGUGGCGUGCCUAGUAUUAACUCACUAACUUCUUUGUACAACUUCCAGGAUAAACCGUGGGUUUACGGACAACUAGUACAACUUCAAAAGAAACUCGGCAAAGAAAACUUCCCAUUAAUCGAGCAAACUUUCUAUCCAAGUUCCGGUGAAAUGUCGGUGGCUACUCAAGUGCCCUUGGUUCUUAAAGUCGGUCAUGCCCAUGGUGGAGUAGGUAAAAUAAAAAUAGAAAACAAUUCGGAUUUUCAAGACAUGACUUCAAUCGUGUCUGUCGCGUCUACUUACUGUACCACCGAACCAUUUAUCGAUAGUAAAUAUGAUCUACACUUGACCAAAAUCGGUACUCAUUACAGAGCUUUAAUGCGCAAGAGCAUAACGGGUAAUUGGAAGUCGUGCGUUGGUUCGGCCAUGUUGGAAGAAACCGAAAUGUUAGAAAGAUAUAAGUUUUGGUUGGAUUCCGUAGCUGAAAUCUUCGGAGGAUUGGAUAUAUUGGCAUUAGAAGUAGUCGUAUCCAAAGAGGGAAUCGAGCAUAUCAUCGGUGUUAAUGAUUCGGCGUUAUCGUUGCUUGGAAAUCAACAAGAAGAAGACAGAAGACAUAUAUUUGAUCUGGUUAUUGAACGAUUAGAGACUCAAGUAUUGGCGAACAUGGGCCCUCAGACCGGUUCUGUUCCUACGCAAGAAGAAGAACCACCCGCUAUACCACCAAGAAGAGAUUCAAUAUUGUCGGAGUGUAGUAUGACAAGCAAUCCGGCGAGUCAACCGGUUAAAUCAUCAUUAAGCCGCCAGGGAUCUAUUGUUUCGGCCACUCCUCCUUUACAACAACAGGCCAAUAAAGCACCAUUGGAUGACAGCGAAGAUACAAUGAAGAACUUGCGUAAAACGUUUGCAGGCAUAUUUGGCGAAAUGUAAACAUUAAUAUUACUGAACUUUUGAAAAAACCCGUUAAAAUCAUUUAGCGUUACACCAUUUAAUAAUUGAAAAAUGCUAAAUAACUCCAUUUUUUUUUACUAAUGUAGAAUAGCAAACUUUAUUUUAUCAUAAAUGAUAAUAAAAUAAUUUUAAGAAUAAUCCAAUACACUAACUAAUAACUAAGAUAUUAUGGGAUCAACUAAGUGAAUCCUUUUAAUGGUUAACUUAAAAAAUGAAUACGGCUUAUUAUUUGUUUAUACUUAACUUGCUAAAUUGUUCUAGAAAACUUUUAUACCCACACUCACAAUUAGUUAAAUUUAACUGCGUGUUCUUAAGAAUAAAAUCGUUAUAGUUAAAUAUUACUUAAUCCUACUUCUAAAUACAUUUUUUAGGUUUUAUUAUAAAUAUUAAUAGAUAAACUAUACGUUGUGUGAUUAGUUAAAGCAAUACCAUUAUAUAUACAUGAUAUAUUACACUAUAUAGUUAGUACUGUAGGGCCGCGUUUUAGAAUAGACGUAUAAAUGCAUACCAUAUAUACCAUUUAUUUCAUCUUUGCAUAUUACAUAUUUUAAUUUUCUUAAAUAUCUAUAAUAAUAGUAUUUAUUGUUUUUUCCUUUAACAAUUUAAUAAUUCUCGCUAGUCGUUAAAAUUGUGUUAACACCAACAAUAAUAUGAACCUAAGAACAAGCAUAUUUUUCAUUAUUCUUAAAUGCAGGCACGUUAUCUGUAAUUGUUUAAAAAAAUAUUACAAUACUAUGUUAUUAUAAUAAAAGUACUGUUAACAAAUUACUAAUUAUAUAAUUAAUAAAUAAGUAGAUUCACUUUUGUUUAAUAGCUAUUUGCUAU